GUGUACUGUACACUGUACACUGUACACUGUGUAGUAUAUUCUGUUAGUGUACUGUACACUGUACACUGUGUAAUAUAUUCUGUUGUAUGCAGAGACUGUACUGUACACUGUACACUGUGUAAUAUAUUCUGUUUACAGUACAGUAUGUACUGUAGAAUGUUCCAUUUAGAGUGUACUGUACUGUACUGUACUGUACUGUACACUGUAGUGUACUGUACUGUACUGUACUGUACUGUACACUGUGUAAUACAGUACAGUAUAUUCUGUUGUACAUGUACUGUACACUGUACACUGUGUAAUAUAUUCUGUUGUAUGCAGACUUGCAGAGACGUACAACUCACAAAUGUGUACUGUACAGUGUACAGUGUACAGUACAUACUGUACAAUACACUGUAUCACCAAGGUUGCAGCUCGGAGACUAACAUCGUCAUGGACGAAACCCGAAUAAUUUACUGCAGACAAUUUACCGUAUUAAAUUAA